CUUCUGUAGGUCUAAGGAGUUGAGCCUGCAACCGGCACACAUGGUUUAAAUAAAAGGAAUAAUCAUUUGGGAAUAAAAAUGGCCGUUAGUUACGACGGUCAAUAUGUCCUUGGAAUCGACCUUGGUACGACUUCAGUCAAGGUCAGUCUGCUUUGCCGAGAGAGUGGAUCUGAGGUGUCAACUGUAGCCAAACCCACUAAAGCUGAUGUACACAGUGAUGUAGAAUUGGGUUCUGAACAGUCGCCAUUAAAAAUUUUCUCAACUCUUCAACAGUGCUUGUCCGAACUUCCGGAGGACAAACGUAGUAAAGUGACUUGUAUUGGGUUCACAGGUCAAAUGCAUGGAGUUGUCAUGUGGAACGAACUGAAAAGUGACGAUUGGUAUGUUCCCUCCACUAGUAAUUUAUAUACAUGGCAGGACCAACGAUGCACUAAUGAAUUCCUCAAGUCACUACCAAGACCCGAUUCACACCUUCCGAUUUCUACUGGUCACGGAUGUGCUACUUUAUGUUGGCUUCAACGGUAUCGACCGGAAUUGAUAGCGAAAUACACGUGUUCCGGAACCAUAAUGGAUCUGUUGGUGGCACUCCUAUGUGGUCUUCGUACACCAGUUACUACGGUGCAACUGGCGGCCAGCUUCGGGUUCUACAAUACAAAAAACAGGUCAUGGAACAAAGACAUUCUCCAAAAAAUUGGAUUUCCUGACAAAAUGUUACCGACUGUUACGGAGUCAGGUCACGUGGCUGGCAACAUGCAAUAUGGUUGGAUGGGUAUUCGUAAAGGCACGCCCGUUCUGGCUGCGUUAGGGGAUGUGCAAUGUGCUGUCUUCUCUGUCGUGACCAGUGCAUCAGAAGCAGUGUUGAAUAUGAGUACGUCCUGCCAAAUGAUGUUUCCGAUCAAACAGGAAAGUGGAAUACCUGAUAAACCGAAUGUGACGUCACCUGUCCAGUACUUCCCGUACUUUGGUGGAAGCUACCUUGCUAUGGCCGCCAGUCUAAAUGGAGGCAAUGUCCUUUCAUGCCUGGUCUCUAUGCUGCAGCAGUGGUUCGCGACGUUCGGCUUCCGUGUUGAUGAUGAUGACUUAUGGAACAAGCUGCUGGAGCUGAGUUCAGACGCUUCUCAAGGUCCCAUUAUAGUACCAACACUUUUUGGGGAGCGACAUCUUCCGGAACAACAUGUUACUAUUUCCGGUCUAACAUCAAAAAAUCUUGAUCUUGGAUCCAUCUUCCGGUCUCUGUGCAAAGGUCUUAUAGCCAACUUAUUUGAAAUGAUGCCAGAAUCUGUUAUCAGGAAACACGGAAUAACGAAAAUCAUAGCAACUGGGUCAGUGGUCGACAAAAACGCCAUCAUCCGAGAGGAAGUGACGGAGCAUUAUGAGAGCUUGAAAGUGGAAUUUGGUAACAGUUGUGACUCGGCAACUGGGGCAGCUAUGUUCUGUAGGAAACAAUUAAAAUGAGGGUAAAAAGUU